ACUCAAUUGAUCAGUACAAUCACUACAUCUUCCAGGGAAGGGAUAGUAUCACACGCUACUAUAAUCACACCAUGCCUAGAGGUAUUCCAAAAUCCGGCUCAGCAAGCACUUCCGUGUUGGCAUCAUCCAAUUCAAGUGCUAUCCUUGCACCACCUCCAACACGACAUGCAUCCGCAAGAUCAGCAAAAAUACGUGCAAAUGCAUCAAUACUAGACAACGAUAAAGAUAUUGAUGCUUUGAUUCGAAAACACGAAAAGAAAGGCGCUCGUGGAUUCGCAAAAGUACGUCAAAACCCAUCAACAACAACAUCCAUAAACGCAAUGGAGGAAGAUGGACGUUCUGAUAGGGAAAACGAUGAUGAAGCCAUACAACAAUAUUCAAAGGGCAAAAAGAAGACCACAACAAAAGGAACAGCUAAUAGCACAAAGCAGACGAAGAUAAAGAUGCUAAAAUCAGCCCAAACAGAAGAGGAGAAUGAACAUACUGAAUCGAGGAAAAAGAAGCAACCGGCAAAAAGUUCCGAUGAGGUUGACGAAGAAGACAACGUCUUUUCAUCACCUCAGAGAUCUGUUCUAGGUGAAUCGGCAAGGAAGAACAAUCGCGCUCAACAGGCAUCUACCCCUCCAAGAAUAAAGGCGACAAAGGUAUCAUCUUCUGCAUUUGCGUCCUCUUCCUCUCCUUCAAAGCUCAAGAUAAGUUCGCAAAGUCACGCCCUACAAUCCUCACCUAACCGAAUGAAGUUUUUGUCCCCAAGCAAGAAGCGAAACGGCAUGCCAGAGAUCCAAAUCGAAUCCUUCCUGGAGAAUUACGACUUAGAGGCCGAAAAUCGACUUCGAAUGGCUUUGAAAACGCUACAGAUCAGUAUAGAUUCUACAAGGACACAAAUGCAUGCCAAAGCCAUUGCAAAAUUGCCAAGAGCCGUACGUCUUAUGCGACUGGGGGAUUUUGUCAACGAAUAUGGUGCAAAUAUACAAGCAGCAGUUGAGAGAGCAGCGGUAGUGGCUGAUAAGGCCAGACAAGGAGCAUGGGAGGAGGAAAAGAUGCAGAGAAAACGCAAAGGAGAAGAUGAAGAACAAAGAGAGAAUGAAGAGAAACGAGAAGGGAAGAGUGCUAAAUUGGACUCCGUAAAGAAUGUCACAGCAGGAGCACGAGGUACAGCACAGAAUGGUCGAUCAAAAUUGAAGAACGUCGUAAGAAAGACCAGACAAGUAGUUCGGCCUUCGCCGCAGAAGCCCACUGAAUCUCGCAAUGAAAGUCCAAUGCGACCGCCAUCUUCUGCUGUUUUUAAGCCCAAUCUAGGUGCUGACGUUGUGAUUGCAGAACGUACAAGCAGCAUUCCUACUUUACCACCCACCCCAGCAAACGGCAAAGCACGAACAGCAAGAAGAGGAGAAAGCGUUCAAUGGCUCAGUAUGAACGGUAGUCCAAUCAUUGGAGUUGUGGCACCUGAUGGAACGAUCCAUGCCAUGCCACGAACAAUCAGACAAUCGCCUUCCGUUAUCCAUCAGAAGCAAAAGAGUCGUAACUGGCAAGCGAUGGAAGAAGAUGUUUCGGAUGACGAAGAUGCAGCAGAAACAUCUGCACAUUUGCUUGAAUUGGCAAAAGGUAUUGAUGGAUUCAAGCGCAGUCGUGAUAGCGAUGGCCAAUCUCCCAUCUCUCGAACAUCUUUGCAUACCGCUCAAGCUUCUAGAAGAGGGACAUUGGAUACUGCUGAAUCUGAAGAAGGUGAAUCAAUCUUUGAAGAAGCAAGGUCAUAUCCUGAUGAAGAGCGUGUAUUGGGUUUGAGCGAUGACGAUGAUUGUUCUUUACCGGAUGAAGAAGCAUACACUGCACAAAUCAUGCGAGAAGAAGCACAAAAGCGAGCAAAGAUGCUUUCAAGCGAGCCAAGGAUUGCAAGAUCUUCUGCUUCCUCAAAAGCAUUCGGUAAUGGAAGUGGAGGAAGAAGUAGCGGAUCCAGUAGCUUGACGGGAAUGACGAGCAAGGCAAACAAUGCAAGAGGAAGUCAUUCUACCAUCCGUGCCACUUCUUCACGUAAAGAUCAAACGACGUCAAAUGCAUCUCGAUCUUCCUCUUCUGGAUUCUUGGCCAUGCCUCCUUCUUCACCUAUGGUACGCAACAAUUCUGGUGGUUCAUCAAAACGGAUCAUGUCAAUGUCUUCUUCAACAUCCUCUUCUCCCAGUAAAGGUCGUGUUUCGAUUGUGUUUGGCAGUGGAUCUCGUCAUAAGAUCACACAACUUGGCGUUGAAGAUUUAAUGAAGUUAUCGGCACAAGAACGAAAUCAAAUGCUCGAUAUUCUUGAAAAGCUUAAACAAGCUCAGAGCAAUCUAGACACAAGAUGAGCUGAAGUUUUGCUUAAUGUAUUACCACGAAUAAUGAUAAUGAUGCA